AUGGCAGCGGCGGUGGAUGUAGGCUAUGUGGCCAGCCACCUUGGCUUGUCCGAAGCGACAGUCUCGACAGCCACGACCGAUCCGACCCCCGACCUCGUCGCGAGCCUUCUCGAAGCCGUCAUCGCGAAAGCUCGUGAGCACGACGAACUAUAUGCGCAGAAGCUCCAAGUCGACAUUGAACUCGAGAGCGCCCAUCACAGCGCAGAAUCCCGAUGCCAAACCUUCAAGGCGACGGCCGACAAGGCCCUGAAGGACGUCGAGGAAGUCCGUCAAAAGUUGAGGGAGGAAGAGACCAAGCGACAAACCGUCGAGAAUGAGCUGCAAUCGCUCAAAUCGCGUGGAUCCGACCACGACUCCGAGAUCACCACCCUCCGCGAUCGAAUCGAGUCCCUCCAAUCUUCCAAUCGCGCGAACAUGGCCCUUCUGGAGUCGCGGAACGCUCGCGACUCGGAGCUCUCUGAAGAGCUAGCCAAGCAACACCAGAAGAACGUCCAGCUUCAGAAGGAGAUCACCUCUCUGCAGCAGUCCGUCCAGACCGCUCAAGCCGCCGUCAGCAGCGCCAAAUACCGAGAGGAAUCGCUCCAGCAACAGCUUGACCUGGCCCGCCGUAACAGCGAGUGGUUCGAGACUGAGCUCAAGACCAAGAGCGAGGAAGCACUCAAGUACCGCCGCGAGAAGGGAGCCCGUAUCGCCGAGCUGCAACGACAAAACGAGGACGCCAAAUCCAGCAUCGAAUCUCUGAAACGCAGCGAGCAACAACUCCGAGACCGUCUCGACGCAGCCCAGGCCAAGGCCGAAGAAGCACUCACCAAGGUCCAGCAGCAGCAGGAAGCUUUUGCCCGCAGCGAGGAGAGCUACAAGCACGAGAUCGAGAGCAAGCAACGCGUCGUCGAUAUGACCAACCAACUGGCUGACAGUCACAAGGCCCGCGUCCAGACCUUGGAAGCUGAGAAGGAAGCUCUGAAGGAGAAGCAUGGAAACGAAAUCAGGCGCAUCCAGCAGGAACUCGAACGGGAGAGGGAGAGCUGCCGUGCUCUGGAGGAGAGAGUUACGCAACUCGAGGGCGAGGUCGACGAGCUCCAUGCCCGCAUGGAACAAGCCCCCGCUCGUGGAUCUACUCCCACACCACAGACGCCCCGCAUGAACGGCUCGUUCCUCGGAAGACCUGCUUCCCCUUUCGCCACCCCGGCCUCUGCGCGAAGCAAGUCUGCCAUCACGGCAACUCAGGCCAUUGACGAACUCUACAAGGUCAAGGGACAGCUGGCGGGAGAGAAGAGACGCAACCAGCAGCUCGCCGAGGAGCUCGACAACAUGAUCUCCCUCCUCGAGGCCAAGACACCCGAGAUCGAGGAACUCCAAAACGAAGCCGAUACUCUGCGGGCCGAGAUUACUAGGAUGUCCGAGCUCUCCCAGACCAGCUUCGAGGAACGUGAUGUGGCCAAGAAGAGCGCGAGGAAGGCCGAGAGCGCCCUGGCCAAUGCCCAGGCAGAGUCCAAGAUCCUCCGGACACAGCUCCGCGAUCUUAGCACGCAGAUCCAGAUGCUGGUCUUCAACAUGCACGCCCGCGAAAAGGGCGUCGACCAGCUCACCAGAGAAGAGUCAAUUCGUCUGGAACAGCUUUCUCGGGGCGAGAUCACCGAAGGUGCCCUCUCCGACAUGUCCGACACUCACCAGUUCAUCACUCAAAAGUUCGUGGUCUUCAAGGACAUCCAAGAGCUCCAAGCCAAGAACCAAGAGCUGCUGAGAGUCACCCGCGAGCUGGCGGAGCAGAUGGAGAGCGAGGAAGCCGUCGCGGCCAAGAGCCAGGCCGUCGAAGAUCAUCAAGCUGUCGAGCGCCUACAGCAGGAACUCGCCAACAUGAUUGACGAAACAAAGUCCCUUAGGACGACAAUGGAGAGCUUCAAGGCCGAGCGUGACAUGUUCAGGCGUCUUCUCCAGCAAAAGGCCACCGCUGGCGAGCUCGCGUCCAUCCUUGGCUCAGACGACGGUCAGCGCCCACCGCUCGCCACCAUCGAGAACGAGGCCGGUGAUGGCGUGUCAACCCAGACCGCCCUCCGCGCACUGCAGGUCGAAUUCGACACGUACAGAAACGACGAAGAGUCAGUCCGCCGAUCGUUGCGGGAGCAGAUCGACAAACUGUCUAGCGAAAAGAACUCCCUCCAGGGCGAGGUCGCCAAGAUCUCUAGCCAGCUCACUCUCGCCUCGGAGCGGUAUGAGAUGCUUCACUCCAAUUUUGUGGCCGUCCAGAGCGAGAACAAGGAGCUCCAGAAGCGGAACCAGUCGCUGUCGGAGGACUCAAUCAAGCACGAAAUCCGAACGCAGCAGGUCGCCGAGGAGCUCAUCGACGCCAAGGGCUUACUCGAGAGUGCCCGCAACGAAGCGGCCAAUCUCAAGGCCGAGAAGAAGCUCUGGAAGGACAUCCAGGACCGCCUCAACCAAGACAACGAAAGCCUGAUGCAAGAAAAGACCCGACUGAACAACCUUUUGGCUAGCCAGCAGUCGAUGCAAAACGAACGCGACAUCUCAGAGUCCGAAUACAGGCGGAAAGCGCAGUCCAAGAUCGAUGCACUUGAACAAGAGCUCGGCAGCACGAAGCGGAAAUUGUCGGACGAGAUGGAGGAGGGCAAGAAGCUCCAGCUCAGAAAGGAGUUCGACGCGCGCGAGUCCCAGAAGCGCAUCGACGAGCUGUCAUCUAGCCUUAGCCAGAUCCGCGAAGAGCACGUCGCAGUGAAGACCAGUCGCGACCAUCUCCAAGCGCGUGUUGACGAGCUUACCAUUGAGCUUCGCAACGCCGAAGAGCGAGCUGGUCGCCUGGCCCCGAGACCUACGCCCCGCCCCGGUACCAUGGCGCCUCCUGCGCAGACCGACCAAGAGAACGAGGACGAGGUACGCGAGCUCAUCAACGAGGUCUCCGAUCUCAAGAGGGAACUCGACAUCGCCAAGUCCCAGCUCGAGAACGCCAAGGAACAGACGGAGCAAUACAAGCAGCUCAGCGAGCAGAACGAAGAGGCUCUGUCUGAGUUCACAGCCUCCCAGGAACAGUACAGAGAGGAGAUGGAAGCGGCCCUCACGGGCAAGGAUGCCAAGAUCAAGGAGCUUGAGCAGCGCGUCGAGGACCUGUCGUCCGAGCUGGCAAACUCCAACAAGGAACUGUCUCACCUCCGCGACUCCCAGGCCGAGGUUGCCCGCAAGUACGAGGACGAGAAGACCAUCUUGGACGAGGAAAUCAAGCGGUUGAAGGAGGAGACGGAGCGCCACGCCGAGGCCGCCAAGUUCCACCAACAGGACCUUCGUGCCCAGUCCGAGAUCACGGCCAAGGCUCAGCAGGAUUACGAACAUGAGCUCGUCAAGCACGCCGAAGCUGCGAAGCUAGUCCAGCAGCUGCGCACCGAAUACAACGAACUCAAGAGUCAAUCGGCGACGCUGCGAGCCGAGGCCGAGUCUGCCAAGGUUGCCCUGUCCCAGAGUGAGAGCUCUUGGGAGGAGAGAAGACAACGACUCGAGCAGGAGAUGUUGGAAAUCAAGACUCGCCGCGACGACGUCAACGCCCAAAACAAGCUGUUGCACGAGCAGCUGGAGAGCAUCACGAAGCAGUUCUCUGCGCUCAAGGAAGGUCGCAACUCUGCGGCCGAGGAUGCCAACGGCAGCACAGAAGGUGGUGGGGGCGGCGACAACGCAGCCGACGGUCUUCGCGAACUCAACAAUUACCUGCGCCGCGAGAAGGAGAUUUUGGAGGUUCAGUACGACCUCAAGGUUCAGGAAUCCAAGCGUCUGCAGCAACAAUUGGAGUACUCUCAGUCCCAGCUUGACGAGGCCCGUCUCAAGCUGGACCAGGAGCGUCGUUCGCAAGCAGAGAGCGGGCAAGCCUCCAUCGCCCACAAGGAUCUCAUGGACAAACUUCACGAACUCAACCUCUACCGGGAGAGUAGCGCCACACUUCGCAACGAGCUUGCUCAAGCCCGGGCGCAAAUCUCCGAGAAGAACGCCAAGAUUGAGGAACUGGAAGGCAAGGUCCAGCCUCUCGAGGCUCGGAUCGAGGAGCUCCAGACCCAGAAGGGUUUCCUCGAGGACGAAAUCAAGCAGGUCCAAGAGGACCGCGACAGAUGGCAGAAGCGGACCGAGGGCAUUCUCACAAAGUACGGCCGUGUCGAUCCCGCUGAGAUGGAACAGCUCAAGCAGACCAUCACCAACCUGGAGGCCGAACGCGACGCCCUCAAACAGUCCGAGGCUCCUCUGCGAGCCGAGAUCGAGGAAACCAAGCAGUUGCUGGAGACGGAGCGAGCCAACUGGCAAAACACCCGCCAGCGCAUGACGGACCAGUUCAAAGAGCGAUCGCGCAAACUUACCGGCGAGAAGAACGACGCCAUCACGGCACGGAACGAGGCCGUCACCGAGAAGGAUGCUGUCGUCGCCGAAAAGGACCAGCUCCUGCAGCAAGUCAAUGCUGCCAAUGCGGAACUCGAGGCGGCUCGACAGAACCUGCAGGUGUCGACGCAACAGCGUACCGAGUUCGAGCAGCAGAUCCAGAGCUUUCAGCAGCAAGUCCAGAAGCUUCAACAAGAUGCCCAAGCGGCUCCGUCGAGCGGUCAGGGCGCCCAGCUCGCUCCGGAUGCGUCGGCAUCGGUCUCAACGCAGAUCGUCGCUCAGCUGGAGCAGCAACUUACCGAGAUUCGAAGCCAACUGGACGCCGUUUCCGCUCAGAAGGCGACCGCCGAGCAAGAGCUCGACAACCUCCGGACGCAGUUGCAGACGGCGACGUCCGAGAGAGAUCAGGCUAUCCAGGCCGCCCAACAAGCGGCUCAGUCGCAGCCUCAGCCCGCAUCCGAGGCCGGUGAGAUUAACGAAGGGGCGACCGCAACCGCCAACGGCACCACCGCCAGUGGUCUGUCCGACGAAGAGCGCAAGGCUUUGGAGGAGAAGAUUGCCGCUGCCGAGGCAAAGGCUGCCGAGUACGAGCGCAAGGCGAACGAGCUCGAGGAGAACAUUACGCAAACCAUCAAGGAACGGUCGGACAAGAUGAGAAAUGCGCUGAACGAGAAGCUCCGCCAGUCUCGCGAGAAGUUGGACGAGGAAUACAAGACCAAGCUGGAGCAGGAGAAGAUCAUUUGGAAGGCCGAGCAUCAAAGUACCGCCACCGCCGCCGCCACCGCCGCACCUGGGCAAGCCGUGGACGAACAGCAGCCAGCUGUGCCUGCCACGCCGAUCAAGCAACAGGACUCGGAUGCAGUUUCGACAACGCCAAUGGCCGGCACACCCGCCGGGUCAGCGGAUCUCUCUCAGCUUCCCGACGCCGAGAUCCGCAAGUUCCUCUCCACGAACCCUACCGUGCGCAGCAUCAUGUCUUCGAAUCUUAGGAAGAAGCUGGAAGAGCAGACUGCCAAGGUCAAGAACGAGACGGAGAGCGUCCUCAAGGCCGAGUAUGAGCAGAGAAUCGCGAGUGCUCGGGAGGAGGGCCAGAUGCUGGCUCAGAAGAAGUCUGCGCUGCAGAUCAACAUGAAGGACAGCCAACUCAGGGGCGCCAACGCCAAGAUCGAGGUCGUGUCCACGGCAGCCGUCAAGACGCCUCAAAGACCCGUAGGAGAAGUUUGGGAGGAGGCCAAGGCGGCCAAAGCAGCCCCUCCCGCGCCGCAACCGAGCCCGGUGAAGCCCGCUGGCACCGCACAGCAGCCGGCUGCACCCCGUCCAACUCUGCCAGCACCUCCAGCCUCGGCGGCACAGGCUGGUGCGACACCGACUGGUAAGUCUUCCCUUGGAGGCACAAGUCACCUCGCCCGCUCUAACACUGCCCAAGCUGUACCCAAUGCAUCAGUCAACCAAGCUCAACCGCCAGCCUCUGCCCCCAGCGGCAUUCCCCCACCGGGCAGCACCAUCCCGCAGAAGCGGCAAAUCCCGGCCCCCGGCGAGAACAAACCAGCGGUGGCCAACGCUGGUGCUGGGGCGAACCCGUUCGCUCAGGGGGCUCAAGCACAGCAGGCACCUCAACAACAACAACAAAACCCCUUUGCGUCUAGCACCCAAGGCGCACCGGCCGGCCAGCAGGGUCAGCAAAACCAGCAAGGCCAAGCGCAGCAGCAGCCGGCGACUCACGGCCAACCGGCCCAACGCAGCAAUAUUCCUCUGCCUGGACGCGGCGGCGGUGUUGGCCGUGGCCGUGGUGGCUUCGCAGCAGGCAACCGAGUGUCAAGCGGCGGCGGCGGCGAGAGAGGCGGCAUGGCGGGACGCGGCGGACGCGGGGGUAGAGGCGGCCACGGUGCAGGGGCAUUGAACCCUGGCGUGAGCGACUUCCAACCCGGAAACAAGAGACCACGAGGCGACUCAGAGGCGGGUGGAGGCGCCGGAGCGAAGAGGGCGAGAGGAGGUGGGCACUAG